CCCGGAAGUGCCGUUUGUUAAAAGCUGCAUUUAUUUAUUGUAUUUAGCCGUUCGUAACGUCCAGUAGUAGCUUUCUCUGUAGUUAGCUAGUGUGCUUUUGUUUACAGUCAGUAACCAGUUCUUUAUAUUACAGACACUGCUUGUUGGCAAGAUAGGAACGGUUAGCUAGCUAGUGUUCUUAACUUGCCGGAAUGGCAUCAGCUUCAACACAGCACCCUACUCUUACUAUUGAACAAGCGAGAGUUGUUCUGAGUGAAGUUAUACAAGCAUUCUCAGUGCCUGAGAACGCAGCUCGGAUGGAGGAAGCAAGGGAGAGUGCCUGCAACGACAUGGGCAAAAUGCUGCAGCUUGUAUUGCCUGUAGCUACACAAAUUCAACAAGAGGUCAUCAAGGCUUAUGGGUUCAACAAUGAAGGCGAAGGUGUUCUGAAGUUUGCCAGACUGGUGAAAAUGUAUGAAUCUCAAGACCCAGAGAUUGCUGCCAUGUCAGUCAAGCUUAAGUCUCUUCUACUGCCACCUCUGUCAACCCCACCAAUUGGUGGUGGAAUCCCAGCAUCCUAGACGACUGUCUACAUCUUGUAUCGGAAUAGGGUAUUCUCAAAAAAAAUUGUGUUUCUCUCUUCAGGAAACAGGAAUACUACUCAAAUCUCAAAGCAACUUUAAAGUGGUCAUCACAUUCCUGUUAUUCAAGGUUUUUAAAAGUGUAUGUGUAGUAAUUUUAUAUAUAUAUAUACACACAUAUAUACACACACAAGAAAUUAUUCUUGUAAGUAUAUGAAGCUCUGCAAAAUGUCUCAGUUGCUGCCAUUACACAUGAAAUCUAUAACUAUAGAACAACUGCAGCUGCAUUUAACAUUUCAGCUGUGUAAGACCCCAUGCUGCAGUUUAAUACCAAUAUCCUACAAGGGUGGCCUUACCAAGGUCAAUGUUUUAUCUUAAUGGGAAGAAAGGAAAGCCAGUGUUAAAAUGUGCUGUUUCCUCAUGUCUUAAGACAGACUUCUAAAAGUUUAGUAGAAUGUCUGCCACAGUUUUGCAGUCGAGUUUAGUAUCUUGUGCAUUCAGUCAGUGUCCAAUAACACCUGCUGUGUCUGGUGCAGUUGACAAUGGAUUUCACAAAACACUAAUAGAUUUUUACCAAGUCUUUUUUUAUUAUUAUUUGUACCUUAUUUUAUUUUACAUUGUUUUAUAUGCAAGUUCUCAUUGUGCAAUAAACAAAAUUAUUUACCAGAACCAUCCUUGUGAGAGCAAGGUUUGAGGAAUACAUUAUAUUGUAUAUAUGCAUCUCGAUUUGUAUUUGCUUAAAUUAGUGAUAAAACAUGAUACAAUUGCAAUUUCAUAGAACAUCUAGAUGUUAGCUAUUGUGUAUGUACUUACUGAUAAUUCCCUAUGUUUAAUUUAGACCUUGGAAUAUAGACAGAAAAUAGCUUAGUUACAGUAGGCUAAACAGUUUAGAUGGCAUCAUUGCUGUGGUUCGUCUGCAUUUCUGAAAGGUUUGGUUCAUUUAGGCAACAAGUCCUCUGAGUUACAAAAGUCCUUAAAGGUUUUUUUUAAAUAUCACUUUAAUUUGACAUCUUUCAAACCUAAAGCUGGUUAUUGCUGCAGUAUUCAUUUGCAUACAAAGGAAAUAAAAUAAAAUCAUUUUAAAAUA